AUGUCGGACUCUAAAGUAGACGAAAAUAUCAGUGUGACGUCCGACGCCGACGUAAAGAACGCCUUAGAACAGCUGGCCGUGUUACAGACAGAUGGCACUCAAGAUGUCAACGUAUGGACUGGUAUACUAUCCGUGAUCAAAUCGGUUCAAAGAAGUUCACUGGGGUCAGGGAAAUCGUAUCUGACCUCCGGAAUUUUCACGGAAGACGGAAUGCUACUUCUAACGGAUCACAUCGGUCGGAGGCUUGUGUUGGUAGAUCAAAGCUACACGUUUUUGGAGGAGUUCAAGUUGGACGGAAAACCCACCGAUAUCACGCGUGGUAACGAACCUUACGAGUACUUCGUGGCUUUGAGAGAGGACGGAAUUCUAAGGUGUACAUUCCGUGGUGGCCAGUUUACUGCAUUAGGACGAUUGCUGAGUCCGACAGGAGCAUGGGGUAUCGGUUUCCUUGGUAACACACGUGUGGUGGGUACGGAAAAAUUCAUAUGUAUGCUUGGAUCGGAUGGCCAGGAUAUUCGGUCAAUGAGCAAGAGCGGCGCAGACACAUACAUAGCAUUGUUGAAGGCAGAGAACCUAUUGUACCAUAAAGAUGGUAACACUAUCGUGGGCAGGCAGUCUAACGGGGUGGAGAUCUUUCGUUACAUGGUCAACAGUUUGGUGUAUCCGGUUGGCCUCGAUCUGGAUCAGGACGGAAACCUUUAUGUGUGUGGACGUAACUCGAAAAACGUCCAUCUGGUGUCCAAGAACGGGCUCAAGGACAGAGUACUCUUGUCCAAACUGGUCAGCAUCAACACCCCGUAUGCCGUUGUGGUCAAUCCUUUCAGACAGGAGAUCGUGGUCACGUCCAGUCAGGAAGCCAUAGCUUUCGAAGUGUACACGUUUUGUGACAAUAAAUGA